UUUGGACCUUCUUCGAUGCUUCGCAACUAAUCACCCAAAGUCUCUUUGGUCACGGUGGCUGUACAACCCGCCCAUUUCCCUAUUGUUACGUCUUCACGGGAUACCUCCCGUACCACCUAGCGAGGAUGGGCGACAUAUACUCGGAGGCCGAGUUGGAGCGACUUGGUCGCAUGAGGCCGACCAUCUUCCCCAAUAUGCUAUCAGAACUUGGGUUUUGCUUUUCCCUCGUGCUCUCACAAAUCAUGGCGGAAUACUUUAUCUCCGGUUUCAAUGUUCUGUUGCCCUCUUUGGCCGAGGGACUGGACAUUCCGGAAGCCUCAUCUAGCUGGCCGUCCAGUGCUUUUGCCUUGACGGCGGGUGGCUCGUUGCUCUUCUUCGGCCGUCUAGCCGAUCGCUAUGGAGGGUUUGUGGUCUUCGCGGGAGGCUUGGCCUGGCAUCUGGUCUGGUCGCUUGUGGCCGGUUUCGCGAAGAACGCCCUUAUGAUGUAUUUCUGUCGAGCGCUACAGGGCUUUGGCCCUGCUGCCUUUCUCUCAGCAGGGAUCAUGCUCUUGGGUACUACCUAUCGCCCGGGUUGGCGGAAAAAUUUGGUAUUCAGUAUCUACGGCGCCUGCGCUCCCAUCGGCUUUGUUGCUGGGAUCUUUGUGUCCGGCAUGACCGGGCAAUUUCUUGACUGGCGCUGGUACUUCUGGAUCGGGACGAUGCUGCUCUUCCUUGCCCUGAUUGCAGCUGUGCUCUCUGUCCCAGCCAGCAUCCGCCGCAAGCCUCCGCAUCCUGACAUGCCUAUCGAUUGGGCUGGCGCCGGUCUUUUCUUCUGCAGCCUUGUGCUGAUCUUUUUCGCUAUCAACGAUUGCGGUCAUGCACCCGACGGCUGGCGCACUCCCUACGUGUAUGUCACGUUGAUUGUGGGCUUUUUUGUGCUGCUGGCUGCACUGUACGUCGAAGGUUGGGUGGCCAAGGAGCCGCUGCUUCCUCUUAGUCUCUUCCGCAUCCCCCAAUUAUCGUCCCUCCUCCUCGGACUGUUCUGUUUCUACGGCGUGUUUGGCAUCUGGCUGCUGUACUGUGUGGAGUACAUGGAGAAUAUCAUGCAUGCAUCGCCGCUGCUCGUAGUGGCGUACUUUGUACCUUUCGCGCUGGGUGGCAUCUUCUUCAGUCUGAUUGGGGGCUUAUUCCUGCAUGUUCUUCCGGGUACGGUUCUUCUGGUAAUCUCCGGGAUUGGAUGGCUAAUGGCACCGCUGCUGUUCGCCAUCAUGCCGCACGGGGCUAGCUACUGGCCUUAUGUGUUCCCGGCCAUGAUCUGCGGCACCUUGGGCAUGGAUGUCACCUAUAAUGUCACCAAUAUCUUCGUGACCACUUCUCUUCCCGAGCGACAACAAGGGCUGGCCGCCGCCGUCGCCAACAGCGUUCUGUUCCUGGGCAUCAGUUUCUGGCUGGGGUGGGGUGACUUUACCUCGGCGCAGGUCCAUGGAGACUUGCGCGCGAGAUACCAGGCUGCACUUUGGAUGGCCGUGGGGCUGGCCGGGUUGGGACUGAUCAUCAUGGUUCUCUUCGUAAAGAUCAAGCCCGCCAAGAGUGAAGUGACGGUGGAUGAGAAGGAGGGGGGCUCGGCAGGCUCGGGAGGCUCGGGAGACACGGAGUUGAUGCCGAAGCAGGAGACAGACAUUGGAGUAAAUGGACGGGAUGGGAAUGACCUGCAAUAA